AUGGCUGAUUUAACACAAAAGUUCCAUGGCCUUCUACAACACCCACUGGAGCCGCUGUUUCUCUCUAAAAACAAUGGAACGCUGUUCUACGAUCUACCGGAAAGGUUCCUAACGUCCCGGUAUCGUCCGAUAGGGCAAAAUCUGGCCAAUCGCUUCGGACCGAACGCGUCAUCUUCGACGCAAGUUAGCAACGAUACGGGCGUGCAGCCCACGGUGGUAACCAUACGUGAUCUGCAGGAACUCCCGGACCUAUCCUUUGCUUCGUGGGUGCAACGUCGUGACGCAUUUUCGCUGUUCAAUUCCGAACAUCGGAAAGCGGCAGGGAAGCUGAUUAAGCUCUUUCUCAACCAACCGGACGCGGAUACGUUAGUCGAUGUGGCUGCUUACUCGCGUGAUCGGCUAAAUGGGCCCAUGUUUCAGUACGCACUGUCGGUGGCACUGUUGCAUCGCCCGGAUACGAAGAGCGUGCCCGUACCGACGAUGUUACACCUAUUUCCCGAUCAGUUCAUUGAUCCAGCCACCAAUCCAAAGAUGAUGGAGGAAGGAUCGAUUGUGCUGGAUGAGAACAGGAUGGCUAUUAGCAUACCGGCGAACUUUACCGCAAACGACAAUGAACCGGAACAGCGGAUGGCUUUCUUUCGCGAAGAUAUUGGCAUAAAUCUUCACCACUGGCACUGGCAUUUGACGUACCCCGGUUCCGGCCCACCGGAAGUCGUACGAAAGGAUCGUCGUGGAGAGCUGUUCUACUACAUGCACCAGCAGAUACUAGCCCGCUACCAAGUGGAUCGUUUUGCCCAGGGCCUUGGACGACUAGAGCCAUUGGUGAAUCUACGGGAGCCGCUCCGUGAAGCUUACUAUCCGAAGCUUUUGCGCUCGGCAAACAAUCGUACAUUCUCUGCCCGUUAUCCCGGAAUGACACUGAGCGAUGUGGUCCGAACCAGUGACCGAACGGAAGUUAGAAUUGGCGAUAUUGAAUCAUCGAUUACGCGUCUGCUAGCGGCGAUCGAUGCCGGAUCAGCCAUUAAUACUGAUGGAAGCCAUGUACCGCUGGAUGACGCUAAAGGAAUCGACAUAUUGGGCAACAUCAUCGAACGAUCGGCUCUUUCGAUCAAUCGCAGUUUAUACGGCGAUCUGCACAAUUCGGGCCACACACUAUUGGCCUACAUCCACGAUCCCCGUGGCACCUAUCUGGAGUCGUUCGGCGUGAUGGGAGGAGUAGCGACCGCGAUGCGCGAUCCCGUGUUCUACCGCUGGCAUAAGUUCGUGGACAAUCUCUUUGUCAGGCACAAGGCUCGGCUCGCUCCGUACACUUCACCCGAGCUCUCCAACAGCAACGUUACGCUGGUUGCACUCGAAACGCAACUGGAUCGCACCGAUGGCGCUAAGAACAGUUUGGUGACGUACCUUGAGCGGUCCCAGGCAGAUCUUGGCUCCGGGCUAGAUUUCGGACCGUCCGGUACUGCCUUCGUUAGCUUCACCCAUCUUCAGUGCGCACCGUUCGUCUAUCGACUCAGCAUCAACUCAUCUGCACGUGGGCGACGCGACACGAUACGCAUCUUUUUGCUGCCACGCCAAGACGAACAGGGACGCCCAUUGUCAUUUGACGACCGACGCACGCUGGCCAUCGAACUGGACAGCUUCCGUGUAAAUUUACGCUCCGGUAUGAACACUAUCGUACGACGAUCGGAUAGCUCCAGCAUUACCAUCCCGUACGAGCGGACCUUUGGGAACGUUGUGCAGGCCAAUGCGGGCAAUGUGCAAUCGCGAUUCUGUGGUUGCGGUUGGCCAGCACAUAUGCUGCUGCCGAAAGGGAAUGCGAACGGCGUUGAGUAUGAUUUGUUUGCCAUGGUCUCCCGGUUCGAGGACGAUAACGCUAACGUGGAGUAUGAUGAGAACACUGGAUGUGACGAUUCGUACUCGUUCUGUGGAUUGAGAGACCGCGUCUAUCCAAGCCGCCGUGCGAUGGGUUUUCCGUUCGACAGACGAGCAGCAAACAGCGUACGAUCAGUUGGCGAUUUUGUUGCACCAUACAAAAACAUGCGACUAACUACGGUCACCUUACGGUUCAUGAACAGUGUUAUCGAUCGACCAUAAUGCUGUUGAU